AAAGCAUACUACAGUGACCUUUACAACUUCAAAAAAAAAAAAAAAUCAUUUCAGAUUAUCAGUGUAUAGAGGGAACAAGCAUCAACUUGUAUAGAUACAUUCCACAUUCAACUGAAUGCUUCCAGCCUGUCUAAGAUAGACCAGUGGUGUUGUUGUUUGUUUUUUGAAGAAACAGCACACUCACUGUACCAAGCAAUAAAGAUUGCAAAAGCAAUGGAAAAUUCUUUUGCUUCAUACCAUCAUUAUGUGACAUUAAAAACCUUGAGAUGGAGACAUUCAUUUAUCUCUAACUUACUUGCAAAGAACACAGCACAUCAUGUAAUAUUAAACAACAACAGAAAAAUAAUACACAAUUAAAUGUAAUAAGUAAAUGAAGCCUCUUGAUGCCACACAAUAAUACUUCCUGCUUCUUCUGGGUUUGAUUUCUGUACACUUGAACCAAACCACAUCCUGUGCUCAAGUGUUGUUUCAGUCUGUAGUGGUGGUUUGAUUUUAUUAAUUUGUUUGAAUAGCUACUGGAUCGAACAGUGUUCAUCUUGCUCUUUCGGUUUUUUAUUUAACUAAAAUUAUCUUGCUUUUCAGAAUUGUAUCCAAAUCUUUUUCAUAUUCAACAUGGCACAGAGACUACAAAAGAGAGAUGAAACAUUGUCAGAUGAAGCAAAACAACCCACAGACUCCAUUAAAAGACUUAGAUUCAUUGUGCUUGGAAGUGAUGAGGUUCUGAUAAAUGAAGCUUGUGAUACCAUUCUUAGGUCAACAGAUGCCAAGAGAAUGGAAACCAUUAAACGUGGUAGGACAUGUGAGUUUAGAGAGGAUUAUGUCAGUGGACGACAUGUCUCUGUAGUAAAAACACCCACUUAUUGGCUGGAAAACUUGAAAACUUACCUCUUCUUCAGCAAAAGUGUCAGAUCUUUGAAAAGGGACAUGGAGUUUUCUUACUCAAUGGUGUUUCCUGGACCUCAUGCAUUUCUGUUAGUGCUUGGAGAUGUGCGUAACUCUGGUAAAGAGCAUUAUCUCCUACGAGCCCUCAGUGAAGUGUUUGGGCAGGAGGUGUUAGACUACAGUAUGGUGUUAUUUAUGCAUGGAUACAGUGACAGAGAUAUAGGCAGGAACCGUUGUGUCAGAAAGUGCAGCGAAAGGUACCACAUUUUAAAGGACAAUGAGGACAAUGUCCUAAAGCUAUUCCAUGAUGCUACUGCGAUGAAACAGAGAAAAGCUAACUUUUUUACAAAUGACCUUGAAUUGCUGUACAAAGCAGAAACCUAUUUUAAGAAAGAAUUUGAUGCUACAUAUGAGGAGAGGGAGAAUAUACUGAGAGGAGAUUUGGCAGAAAUGAAAACAGCAGAGGAAAAUCUAAGAACUAAAAUGACAGAAAUGGAAAAACAGAAUUCUGAAAAUGUGAGAGAAUUACAAGAUCUGCGUGAAGAACUGGAUCAGUUAAGGGAAGAACUGGAUGCUCAUAGAUUCAGAGAGAAUCAGUUAAGGAAAGACUUGGAUGCUUCCAUAAGCAGAGAGAAGCAGUUAAGUCAAGAGAUUGAUGCUCUCAAAGAGAAAAAAUAUGAACUAAAAGAAGAGUUGUUUGACCUUAGGGAUCAUAAGAGACGGGUCAAUGCAGAACUGAUCGCCUCCAAUGAAAGAGAGAGUCAGCUGAAGUCUGACAAUGAGAAGCUUCAAAGAGAACUGGAGCAACUCAAAGACAAUGAGAAAAAGAGAGAAAAGAAUCCAAGAGAAUCAAAGCAUAAGGAAGAAUUUCUGCUCACAGAGAAAGAAGAAGUACAAGAAGAGUAUGACAUAUCGAGAAGAAGAGAGGAGGAACUGCUGCAGACAGUCACUGGGUCACAGCACGGCAUUCAUAUCUCAACAGCAGUUACUCCCCCUAGUGUUUCUGAAAACAAAGUCAAAUCUCUGAGUGGAAGAGAAUGUGAGGUGGAAAGAAAACAAAUAGAUUCACAGUCCAGCAGAUCACUUGAAGGUGAAGGAUUGAAUCCUGCGAGACAGAACAUCAUACAAGAUCCACCCAACAGAUAACAUGUACUUUAUCCAUGACAACGGAGUGGAUGUGUUCCUGUUUUCCAGACCAUUUCUCCUUCCUUUUCCUCUUGCUAAUAAAUUUCAAUAUAUUCCACAUUUACGGAGGAAAAGAAGUUUCAGAGGAGCAGCAAUUUUCUGGAUCUCUCUUCUCCUGACUCAGAUGAUAGUGACUGAAUUGUAUUAAAAUCUGAAGCUA